UGACCAAUUAAGUACAAGUACACAUAAUUAAUAUAUUCCCAGUUUUAAGAUUCUGUAUUUAUUAGACCACUGUCCGCUUUCUUUUUCUGUCCUACGCGGCUACACCUCAAAUACUUCUUUCUCUUAUUCUUGUUUGUCCAUAGAGAAAAAAUACAGUGAAUAUUAACUGAAAGCCUGAACAAUUAUAUAGGGACUUCUCAGAAGUUUCAAAGAGAUUUGCAGAUUUUAUUUUAAUCUGAUAUAAGUAGUAAUUGAUGGCAUCACCAGACUUGCAUACACCUUGGCUAUCAUCAGCUAUUGAAUCUUUUGGUGGAUCCUUCAACAUACACACAGAAGAUGAAGGCACAGCUCACAGUGUUGUAGAAUUUCUUGAAGAUCCAAAUUCUUCUGAUUGUAAUGUACCUCCUAAUAUUCCGAAACCCCCUCCAGUUCCUGGUAAAAUCCAUUCAAAAGCCGCUAGUUCUCGACAACUUGCUAAUUAUGAUUGUGUCCCAAAAGAAACAAUAGAUACAUGGGACAAGCUAUUCAAAGAAGGAUAUGGAGCAGAUGUGCAUAUAAUUACUGAGGAUGGAUCAUUUAUUCCAGCUCAUUAUCCCCUUCUGAGUGUUGCAUCUCCAGUGUUGGGGAAUCUUCUGCAGCAAUCCAAAGUAAGGAAUGGUAUUAGAUGCAUAAAGAUCGCUGGGGUACCUCAUGAUGCAGUCUAUGUGUUCAUCCGUUUCCUCUACUCAGCCUGUUACGACGAAGGAGAUAUAAAGAAGUUUGUUCUGCAUCUGUUGGUCUUAUCACAUUUCUACUCAGUACCAUCCCUUAAAAGAGUGUGCAUAAACCAUUUGGAGCAGGGUUGGUUGACCUCGGAAAAUGUGAUAGAUGUGCUUCAGUUAGCGAGGGACUGUGAUGCACCACGACUUGCUCUCUUUUGCAUUCGUAUGGUUGUGAGGAACUUCAAGAGCAUAUCAUCCACUGAGGGUUGGAAAGUAAUGAGACGCGCUAAUCCCGCACUUGAACAGGAACUUUUAGAAUUUGUUGUUGAAGCAGAUACGAGAAAAGAAGACAGGCAGAAGAAAAUCGAAGAGAAAAAGGUGUAUUUGCAACUGCAUGAAGCAAUGGAAGCACUGGUUCACAUUUGCAGGGAUGGGUGUCGAACUAUUGGGCCUCGUGACAAGGUGCUUAAAGCAAGCCAGGUGGCGUGUAGUUUUCCUGCAUGCAAGGGGCUGGAAUCUCUGGUCCGUCAUUUCUCUAGCUGUAAAACUAGAGUUCCUGGUGGAUGUGUACAUUGCAAGCGAAUGUGGCAGCUUCUUGAGCUACAUUCACGUAUUUGCGAAGAACCUGACUAUUGCAAAGUUCCUCUUUGUAGGCAUUUCAAGGUGAAAAUGCUGCAACAGACCAAGAAAGACGAGUUGAAGUGGAAGGUGCUAGUAAGCAAAGUGAGAGCAGCAAAGAAUGUAGUGAGCUUAUUCUCAUCUCGGCGGUUAGCUUUUUAAUGACCAUAGAAUAGUAUAUAUGAUGCUUAUAACAACAUAUGGCCAAUAUUUUAGCUGGCCAUACAUAUACAAGCUGUGUAAAUUACAGCUAAUUCAUAUAUAAAAUAUCAUGUAACAGUUGCUAUUUCUGAUUAAUUUAUGGCCAGGUGUCCUCUUUUUCAUAAGCCAGUUGGUACAAAAAGUUCUAAUGUAUAGCAACUCUUAUGUUUUUGUUAGUUGGAGUUGUCUAUCAUAUUUUUGAUGAACAAGAAGAGUAUUACUAUAAACUUGAAGAUUAUGGUUCAACUGCA